AUGGUCGGAAGCGGCGGCGGCGGCGGCGGCGGCGGCUCGGGCGGGGCGCGGCGCAACGCGUGGGGCAGCCAGUCCUACGCCGACUUGAUCAGCCAGGCCAUCGAGAGCAGCCCGGAGCAGCGGCUGACGCUGGCGCAGAUCUACGACUGGAUGGUCCGCAACGUGCCUUACUUCCGUGACAAGGGGGACAGCAACAGCUCCGCCGGGUGGAAGAAUUCCAUCCGGCACAACCUGUCUCUUCAUAACAAGUUCAUGAAAGUGCACAAUGAGGCUACUGGGAAGAGCUCCUGGUGGAUGCUCAAUCCUGAAGGUGGCAAAAGCGGCAAAGCUCCGCGGAGAAGAGCAGCUUCCAUGGACAAUAGCAGCAAACUGGCCAGAGUCCGAGGGAAAGUCCCCCGGAGGAAGCCGGCCAUACCAGCGGCCACAGAGCCUUCCUCUGACAGCCCGGGAUCCCAGUUCCCCAAGUGGCCUGGCAGCCCUUCUUCCAGAAGCAAUGAGGACUCCGAUGUGUGGACCAGUAUCCGGCCUCGAACCAGUUCCAAUGCCAGCACCAUCAGUUUGGGGCCUUCUCCCAUCCUGGCCGAACAGGACGACCUUGCCGACGAGGAGCUCCUUUCCUCUCAUGUCUACUCCAGUGCAACCAACAACGUCCCACCCACUGUGACAGAGGAACUGGAACUCAUCGACAGCCUGAACCUGAUGUCCCCCAACUCAUCCUUGCUGCCAGCACAUCAGCCUUCCUCAGGCAGCCUGCCCCAAAGAAAUCCUGGCUUUCCUCUGCGAGCCCAGAGCUCGGUCGCUCAGGCCUCCUCGUUCGGCAGCUCCCUCUUCAACCCUGUUGAUGUCGCACUGCGCAGCUCUCCCGGCCAUUUCUCCGGUCCUCAGAGACUGGAAGACCUCCUGACAUCCAAUUCGCCACCCCCCAGUGAUGUGAUGAUGACCCAGGUGGAUCCGAUCCUCCCGCAGAGCGGCAGCCGGUCGAACAGCCAGACCUUUUUGCUCCUGGGGGAGCAGUCCUCCAAGAACAAGUUGAGCCCUGCUAACGCACUCAGAAGGCCUGUGGAGCAGCAGCCGGAGGCCGUUGGCGUCUCAGCUUUGCCUUCGGCCUUUUCCAUGGUGGCCUCUCCUCAGAAUUCUGUCGGCCUGUCCGCCUUGAAGGCAUCGAGCCCGGCUCAGUCCGCGCAGGGGGUCCAGCUGGGCAGCCAGCCACCUCUGCCUGCCGCCCCGUUUGCUCCCUUUGGUGGGAAUCAGGACCGGCUUCCCAAUGACUUGGAUGUUGACAUGUACAUGGAGAACCUCGAGUGUGAUGUGGAUUACAUAAUCAACACCGACCUCAUGGAUGGUGAAGGGCUGGACUUCAACUUUGAGUGUGCUCCGAGCACGUCGCAGACCUCCAGCCACACCUGGGUACCCAGUUAACUUCAGGACUGACAAAGUGCCCUUCUGGUUUUGGAGCUUCACACCCCCUGGAGAGUCUGGAAUGCAAGGAGCACCUGGCGCCCGUCUUACUGCUCUGCAGACCGGCUGGGAGUGAGCAGUACAUUGCAAUAGGAAGAGAGGGAUUCUGUUCAGUGCCACAUCUUUUCCUAAGUCUACUGUAAGCCCUGCAAGCCCCACCUAGGCCUUCCUGGAGGAGUCUGGGAAGAGGCUGGACAUGCUCUGCCCAUGGCCAAAGACUCUUCCAGCUGCGCGGAGGCCUUCUCCAAAUGGAUGUGGGCCCCAAUCCAGCCACGAGGAGUCAGGGCUGUUCCAAGGGGUGCACUUCGUGCUGACGCCUGUGGCUGAUUUCUGCGUCAACUCUGCAUUGACCUGGCACCCUCAACCUCGGUCGGAAGAAGGGUGGGAAGAUAACUUGCAAUCACGUGACUGCCCGGGUUGAAAAGCCUUCCUGCGGUGCACUUUUCUGGUGGGAGCAAGUGGGGAGAAAGAAAACCGUCCUGCAGGGGAGGCCGCCGGUCAAGCUUGUUCUUGACUGUGCCAGCCAACAGGGCCCUUUCAAGAGGGGAGGCCUGGCCUGGCCUGGCCUUGGGAAGACCCACCUGAGCAAUCAUUGGUAGCCCUUCCCUGAAACUGCGACUGCACCAGAGCAGGCAAGCGGGUGCUAACAGCUGUUGCUAAGAAGCCAAAGCAGCUUCUCCUUGGGUUCUUUUCUGGGCUGUCUUGGUACAGCAGAGAAAGGAGAACCCAGAUCCAGCCUUAACUAGAGCCCUGAUUGGUUUUUUUCCCUUUUCUAAUCCAGAAGGGCAUUUUCUACAGAACUAUUUUGGAGAGGGGGGUGUCUUUUUUAAGACUAAUCCGUGCUGGAGGGCUCUCUCUGGCAGCCUUCAGACCAUUAUACUCCACACUGAGUGCCUUUCGCUCCCUCAGUGGGACCGGCAGCAGCUGCGGCCUUCUGAGCUGCAUCAAGAAGGGGUGGCCGCUUCUUGGGUGCAUUAACGAGGCGGAGAGGGGCGGGAGGGGAAGGGCACCAAAGCCAGCCUUGUUCCUCGGAACUGGGCAGGUGAGGGAGCUGUACAUUAUCGAUAAUUACCUGUAAAGCUAGCAGAGCAGAUUAACUAGAAGCUUUUGUAAACCUGGGGCAGGUGGGAGGGUGGUGCAGGGGCGGGUGGUCUGUGUUGUGGGGAGAGAAACUGUCUAUAUUUUAACAGAGAAUCCUAUCAAAUUAUUGGCUACACGUGCAGCCCUUUUCUUGCAGCUUUAUGCCUUUUGAUACCAGACGGAACACUAAUGCACAGGAGGUGUGGGACUGACCUGAAGGCAGGAUAAGGGGAAAGGUGCUCCCAGAGGGGCUGUGGAAAGGGGUUAGGUUAGGUGCAGGGGCCUCCGCUGUGCGGAAGGGGCUUCCUGGCAAGCCUGCGCUCUCAUUGGCGGGCCCCGAGCCUCCAGUGGGGCACAGUGGGGUCCUUGAGUCCGAGAACAGCUGGGUUGCAGCUGCCACCUCUGAGCCCUCGACCGUCUUGUGCAGACCCGUGUUGGAGGGUGGGCUGGGGCCAGCCCACCUCCACUCCGCAGCUGCACACGCUGGGGAUCGCUGGGUCUGCCCGGAGCCGACCUGAGGAGAGCAGCGGGGGCGCUGGGGGGGGGGGGCGGGGGCCGCUUGAUUGCCAUGAGGAAAGCGUCUGCGUCGUCAGGGAAAGGUGAUCUGGCAGGUCCUCAUCCAGGCUGGAGCGCUCGGCGUGGCAGGAAUGGCACGCACUGGAGAAUUUGCUUCCAGCACCAGCUCUUGGGAUGUGGCCGCGCAGUUGCAGGCUAUUCUUUCUUCCCGGAGAAUGUGCGGAGUUUCAUUAGCAGAACUGAGGACAAAGACCUGACCCCCCCCCCCCGAAGUAAGGGCAGGCACUGGGUGGGAAGGCAGAUGGCACAAGGCCCUUCCCGAGACAGUGCGUUCCUAGAAACCGUCCUCUGCAGCCUCUCUGCAGCUAAUCAGAGUCUCUGCUGGCUUUGGGGAAGGGCAAAGGUUGUGGGUCCAAAGGCGUUGCGUGCAAGUGAGGAGGGUGGCUCGGGGGAGGCAGGCUUCGCACGGCGAAAGACCCUGCCUGGGCUGUCCGGGUGACCCGUGGCACUGCGCAGUGGCCUGAGCCGGCUGCCGCAGUUGUGUGCCCUGCUCUGCCCUGCGGGGAGCGGGGGCAGUGAGCUGGCACUUCCGCAUUUCUCCCGCCGCAGCACUGCAUGCAUGGCUCUCCCCGGCAGCCAGCACAGCUGAAUCAGCUUUUCGGCUGACUCGUGGCGUAAGAGGAGCCGGCGGAGACGAGUGGGCAUCGCGAUUCCCCGGUCGAAGGCACCCACGGGAUGCUUUCUGAAGGCACGUGCCGGUUCAUCCGCUGCCUGCUCCCCUUGGCCAGGCAGAACGCGGGCUGAGGUCUGGGAUCUUGGGUCAGGCUUGGUUGGCUGUGGGAACCGUUGCGACCCUGAGGGGCGUGUUUGGGCAUCAUCUUGAGCCGUGCAGAGAAGGCAAGGGCCCACUUCUGAGGGAGCGGAAGAUAAAAGGCCUGUGGCUCAGGGUUAGUUAGCUGCCCGCUGUUGGUGUGAGCUGCGUCCCACAUGCAGCUGAACAGUGGGCGAUGGAGCUGUGCGACCCCCUGGGCUGCUUUCACCGAAAGGCCACCUCAGGGAACCGAAGAGGACCUGGCUUUGUUUUCUGUCCCCAUCUCGUUCGGGGUGCGAGGAGGCGGCUGGCGGUGCGGCACGGCCUUGGUUUGCCUGGCCUCGGUCGAAAGGGAAGGCAGCGUGGCGCAGGGGCUGGCUCUGCUGUUCAGAGGGUCCAGGGCAAUGCUUGGGUCUGUGCAGAGCCCUGGGGCAGGCCCGUCGGGCGCCCCCCACCCAGGAAGGGCCCCUCAGUGCAGCAAGCCCCUUGCAGGCCCUGGAGGGGAAGAGGCGUUUCUGGGACUGCCCCUGCCCCUCCCAGGGCAAGGCGGAGCGGAGGAGCUGGCGGCCGACGGGGCGCCGGUUCCAGCAGGCGCAGUCCUGCUUGGUUCGAGAGACAGGCACCCCCUCACUCAGACUGUCGCCGGCUUUGCAUUUUGCCCUUGCAGCAUCAGGCCCUCUGCUCCUUUCGCAGGCUUUCAAGUGCCCCCCACUGCCAGGCAGCCUGUGCGCCAUGCCCGGGGGCGGGGGGGGGGGAUCGUGUGGCAAAUAAAUCCCAUCUCCUGGCUGCGUUGGGACCGUUCUUUCCCAUUCCUGCUGCCCGUCCGGCCACCCGCAAACGUGCGAGAAGCCUUCUGCUGAGAGUGCUUCCUAAUCUGCCGGUGGCGGUGGCAGAAGCCUGGGGAAGGGAGCGGGCUGCUGUGCCGGCUGCGGACAUCACGCCAGUGUGCGUGCAGGUGGCGGCGGCGGCAAGUGUGCCCAGCAGCGGCCCAUUGCGCCGAGUGUGCCUAGCUUGGCACAUGCUGCAGCCCGGGUGUUAGCGUGCGAAGGAGGACCGGCAGGCCUCCGCUGGCAGGGCAGGAAGCAGGGGGCUGACCGGCCCCCGCAGCGCCGCCGUGAGCCUGGCCUCCGCCGCUGCACAGAGGGGGCAGCUGUUAAACCGAGUGUGUGUGCGCUUCCCCUGCCUUGCCGUAGUCCGGUCUGGGUGAGUGAGUGAGUGAGUGAGGGGCUUGUCCCCCUGGACCAGCCACGCCUCUGCGUCCCAACAGUGGCCACGCGAGUGCCCCGGGAACGCCGAACCUGCGGAGAGGGCCGCCCCGGGCUGCCCACUGCUUCCCUGUGGGAGCCGCUGGUGCCUAACGAGUGCCACUGACGAGGAGAUGGAGGGCCCGGUCAGUCAGGCUGGUGGCGGGCCGGCCGGCCGCACGCUUCUGGAGCAGGGAGCGCCCGGCGCGUGCGCUUUGCGGGGGGCUUGGAGGGCAGGGCGACUGGCACCUGCUGCCUUCCUGCUGCCAGGCAGGCGAGCUCAAGGCGGUGCGGCUCUCCAGACUUGGGUGAGAAACAGCAGUGGAGCCGCCAAGCCACGAUCCGGUAGCCCAGCCUGUCGCUAGAGCGGAGCUUGUGCGCGCCAUGGUCUGCCCUCUCCCUGUCCGGAGGAGGAGGAGGGGAUAAGCUGCAAGGAGCGGCCUCUCCCGCCUGGCCCGGCAGCCCGGCCUGCUCUGGAUGGCUCCCCGGCAGGCGGCGUUCCAGCCCAGGGCCGCUCUUCGCGGGCCAGCACAUUCCAUUCCAUUCCCUUCCUCCCGCUGGCGCGCUGGGAGCAGCCCUCGCCUGCCCUUGCCAAGACGGAGACGGGAGGCUGUUCGGAAGCGGGGUGCUGCCCUCCUCCUCUCCCGCCGGCGACCCGACCCGACCCGACCCGGGGUCUGCCGCUGGGCGGAGAGUGGGGCGGGACACACGGGCUUAAGGCUGGCUGGAGGGCGAAGGGCUGCAUCCUGGGUGUCGCGAAAAACAAGGCACGGGACCCGCUCCGUGUUGAUCGAUCCAUCGAUCGCAGGCAAGAGGAGGCCGGCUUGGUCUGUGGGCUGGGGCUCGUGUCGGGCACACCCGCUUCUCGCCUUCGGUAGACGAGGGGCAGGGACGCCGGAGCGGCCCACAUCAGAGUUGCACAGAUUUUGUGACUCUGACCUGCGGAUUCCUCUGUGGAGCAGCUUUCCCUGCAUUUUCCUUGUGGAUGGUUUUUUAACCACCUGGAAUUUUAAACAAAUUUGGUUGUCCAAAAAUUUAACACUGACCGAAACCACGUGUUUUCCUCCCAUUGGCUAAAAAUAUGAAACUCUGCUGUGGGGAUUGCACUUUUUUUGCAAGUUGGCACAAAUGCAGCUUCAGGAAAUGGGGACCCCCCCCACACACAAUUCUGUCCAUGAGCAGAUGGCAGAAUGAAAGGUGCUUGGCAAUCUGCAAAAUGCAGACAAAACGGAUUUAAUAAAAUCUAUACAUCCCCAGAGGAGGGCGGAGAGGCAGAUGGGUUGCUGUGGAACGACUUAAUCCGGGGGGAGGGGCUGCAGCUGGGGGGAGCUCGGGCUUUGCAUGCAGGAGGUUAGGGUGAUCCGCAGGUAAGAGGAUCAUCUCGCAGCAGUCGGGGUGGGGGAGCGCAUCCGCUGAUCCUGGGGAGCAGCUGCCGGGCUUCUCCAGUCUGGUGCUGUCUGGAUGUGUUAGACCGCAGCUCUGCGCAUCCCUAGCCCGCGUGGCCAUUGAGGGGCGUCCCCAGCACAGCUGGAGGGGAGCAGGUUUGGGGAGGGAUGGAGCUGGCUUGUGCACAGAGGGGAUCUUCGCGUCCUCCGGAGGGUGGGCGGCCUGAAGCAGGGCGGGAGCUGCCCUUCCGCCAGAGGAGCACGGGGGGCGAUGCGCUGCCACCUGCUGGCCAACAGCUGCGGUGCAGGAGAGCGGCGGUCUCCCAGCACAAGCCCCGCGGAAGGCUCUCCAGCCAGCCCUGUGGGGCGGGAUGCUGGGACGCAGGUGCGCCGUUAGUUGCUUGGCCCCUUCAGCAGCGCCCGGUGCUGCCAGUCUGCGGCAGUGCAUGCAUUUAAAUUGUUGCUGCCAUUAUACCCCACCUGUUUGAGUAAGAUGGAAUGGCAUAUGUGAGCUUCCUCUCCCGUUGUAUGUUCGCAACACCUCUGUGAAGUAGGUUAGGCCGAGUGUCAGUGAUGGGCCCCAAAUCAGCCAGCAAGCUUCAUGGUCAAGCAGGGACUCGACUUCCCUGUCGUCCAGUCCAGCUUUCUAACCACUAUACCACAUUGCCAUCUCCAUUGUUGUCCCAUGGGCUUGCAUUCACUGUUCAUGGCACAACAGUGCGUUGUUCAUCCAUUUACCAUUGUGGCUGCUUUUGUGCUUUGUUCCUGUGCUGCCCUUGGAGGCGACUGGGUACCUCCUGAUUACACUGGCUACACAGCCAGUUCGUAAAGAAAAGGUACAGAAAAGGUUCUUACGGGUAGCCUGGUAUCCCACCUCCUUUUUCUUAGUGGUUCUGCUAAAAAUGGAACCUAAAUUAUUCCUAGACACCCUAUAGGACUUUUCUUUUCAGCAGGUUCAAGAUUUGCUUCCACCUUAUGCAUUUAUUAUGCAAUUGCCCCCAUUAAGCUGUGUACUUCCUCUCUCCUUCCAGAACAUUUCUCAUACAAGAGCAAUAGUUGAUCUUUUUUAGCAGGGCUGUAAACUGAAUAAAGUUUUUAAAGAGCA